AUGGUAGAUAGGAAAAUCAUGCUUGAUUUGCAUACAUUCAGCAUAUUGGUGGACACACUUGGCAAAGAGGGAAAGUUGACAGAGGCAGAAGAAGUUUUUAAUGUGAUGAUUCAGAGGGGCGUAGAGCCUGAUACAAUCACUUACAGUUCUUUGAUUGACGGUUAUUGCUUGCAAAAUAAAAUGGAUGAAGCUGUCAAAGUAUUUAAUACGAUGAUUCGAAAUGGUUGUUCACCUUUUAUUGUUAGCUAUAGCAUAUUGAUCCACGGAUAUUGUAAAAAUAGAAGAAUUGAUGAGGCAAUGAUUCUCUUCCGUGAAAUGACUAUCAAUGGCAUGAUUCCCGAUUCUAUCACUUACAACACUCUUAUUGGCGGGUUUUGCCAAGUUGGGAGACCUAAGACUGCACUAGAGCUAUUCCACGAGAUGCAAGGUUGUGGCCAACAUCCCAAUGUCCAAACUUAUGCUAUUUUGUUAGAUGGCCUAUUUAAGAAUCUACACUUUCCAGAGGCAAUGGCAUUGUUUCAAGCAAUGGAAGACAAAAGGUUAGACCUUAAUAUUGUGAUUUACAGCAUCUUGAUUGAUGGUAUGUGCAAUGUUGGGAAACUUACAACUGCAAGAGAACUCUUUAAUACUCUUCCUACCAAAGGCUUUCAAGCUAAUGUUUAG